CCCUUUGCUUCCGCGGCGGGGCCGGAAGUAGAAGUGGCGGUGGAGGCGGCCCGAAGCGGAGGGAAGGCGGAAAGCAAGUAGCCCGAGAGCCCGAGUCGAAGUCGCAGCGGCGGAGACCCCUGUGCGGUGCGGAGGGGGCGGCGGCCCCGGCUCUGACCCGCGCCGGGGGGGUGGGCCAUGGCGGAGAUCAGCGACCUGGACCGGCAGAUCGAGCAGCUGCGGCGCUGCGAGCUCAUCAAGGAGAGCGAAGUCAAGGCCUUGUGCGCUAAGGCCAGAGAGAUCUUGGUAGAGGAGAGCAACGUGCAGAGGGUGGACUCGCCAGUCACAGUGUGCGGCGACAUCCACGGACAGUUCUACGACCUCAAGGAGCUGUUCAGAGUGGGUGGCGAUGUUCCUGAGACCAACUACCUCUUCAUGGGGGACUUUGUGGAUCGUGGUUUCUACAGCGUUGAAACGUUUCUCCUGCUGCUGGCACUUAAGGUCCGUUAUCCUGACCGAAUCACCCUGAUCCGGGGCAACCACGAGAGCCGUCAGAUCACCCAGGUCUAUGGCUUCUAUGAUGAGUGCCUGCGCAAAUACGGCUCCGUGACUGUGUGGCGCUACUGCACUGAGAUCUUUGACUACCUCAGCCUGUCAGCCAUCAUCGAUGGCAAGAUCUUCUGUGUGCAUGGGGGCCUCUCCCCCUCCAUCCAGACCCUGGACCAGAUCCGGACAAUUGACCGGAAGCAAGAGGUGCCUCAUGAUGGGCCCAUGUGUGACUUGCUCUGGUCCGACCCUGAAGACACAACAGGCUGGGGCGUGAGCCCCCGGGGGGCUGGCUACCUGUUUGGCAGUGAUGUGGUGGCCCAGUUCAACGCAGCCAAUGACAUUGACAUGAUCUGCCGUGCUCAUCAGCUGGUGAUGGAAGGUUACAAGUGGCACUUCAACGAGACGGUGCUCACUGUGUGGUCAGCACCCAACUACUGCUACCGCUGUGGGAACGUGGCCGCCAUCUUGGAACUAGACGAGCAUCUCCAGAAAGAUUUUAUCAUCUUCGAGGCCGCUCCCCAAGAGACACGGGGCAUCCCCUCCAAGAAGCCCGUGGCCGACUACUUCCUGUGACUCCUUUGGCCCCUGCCCCCCUCCAGCCCCUCUGGCCCUUGGACCACUGUGACUGCCUUCUCCUCCAGACAGGCUGGGUGUGGGGAGCUGUCCCCAGCUUUGCUGUUCCCCCAGAGAGGGCACUUUGAGGGCGAGGACUUUCUCUGGAGAGGCUCAGAGCCUCAGCUCCAUGCUCCUCCUCUCCUUUCUCCCCACUUGAACCAUGAAGUUUCCAAUAAUUUUUUGUUUGUUUUUUUUCUUUGUUUGUUUUUUUUUUUUGUUUUUAGAUAAAAAUUUUGAGAAAAAGAAAAAAUUCUAAUAAAAGAA